UGAAUUUUCGUGCUAACUAUUGAAGUGUGAUAAAUAGUAGUAUUUGUUUUAUUAAAGAUCGUGGGAAUAAGUUAAAAUGCCUGGUAAAAUAAAGGUUAAAGUGUUGGCUGGUCGUAAUUUACCGGUGAUGGAUAGGGCUAGCGAUACGACGGAUGCGUUCGUUGAAAUCAAAUUCGGCGGCGUAACUCACAAGACUGAUGUGUGUCGGAAGUCGUUGAACCCGCAGUGGAAUAGCACAGAAUGGUACAGAUUUGAGGUAGAUGAAUCAGAACUUCAAGAUGAGCCACUCCAGCUUCGACUAAUGGACCACGAUACGUAUUCAGCGAAUGAUGCGAUCGGAAAAGUAGUUAUUAGUCUCGCGCCACUGCUAGCGAGGGAAGCUAACAAUGCCAAUGGAAAACCUGGUCCCCCGGGGGGUGCGGUUAUGUCUGGCUGGAUACCUGUUUUUGACACAAUGCAUGGAAUUCGUGGAGAACUGAAUGUGAUCGUGAAAGUUGAGCUGUUCUCCGAUUUCAACAAGUAUAAGACUUCUAGUUGUGGCGUGCAGUUCUUUCAUUGUCCAAUGAUUCCACCGGGUUAUCGAGCGACUGCGAUACAUGGUUUCGUCGAGGAACUGAUAGUGAACGAUGACCCUGAAUACCAGUGGAUCGACAAGAUCAGAACACCUAGAGCUUCCAACGAAGCGAGGCAGGUCGCCUUCAUCAAACUCAGCAAUCAGGUACAAAGAUUGAUCGGUCUAAAAGCGGCUGAACUAGGAGCAAAUGCAGUCGUGGGCUACCAACAAGACUUUGACUUAGAAGGGGAAGCUGGAGUCGUCGCUAGAGCUAUUGGUACAGCUGUCAGUAUAACUCCACUACCAAUACCGAGCUUUCAGACGAACAUUCCGUGUACUCAACAACAAUUGAAAAAGUACCUGGACAUUUUAGCGACAGACGACGAAAGUAUACCAGAUCUGAAUCAGUACUAUCAAUCACAUCAAGAUGAGCUAUUACGCCUUAUAAGCAUCUUGAAUCCUAAAGGUAUAGCCCUUUUAGACGAUGGAGACACGUUCGACGAUGACGAAAAGAGCUUAGAACUGAACACGUCUAAACAGUCAGGUCAAAAAAGUUACCCCGGUGACCUUUCUAUCUAUCAAGACGAUUAUGUUGCUCAUAAAAGUCUGAAACAUUUGUCCGAAGAUCAAAUUGACUUAAACAGACUGUUGAACCGCGAAUAUCCAACAGAUUCUGCUGGGCCUCUCAAAACUAUAAGAAAGAUAAAAGAAAAUCUAUUUACAAAGAAAUUUAAUAAGCGUUCUCGUCCGUCCAUCCAAGAUGAUCAGAUAUCAUUAAAAUCGACUUCAUCAGAUACGUCGCGUAUAUCUCUAACAGAUAUCAAGAAGGAGAUAAAAAAGAUUAAGAAGUUCAAAGUAAAAAAAUUACUUAAAAUUGAAAAUAAACAAGACGAAGGAUAUGGAAUGGCAUCGAUACUAGCCCGGUCUGUUAUACACGCUGAUAGAAGUUUAGCUAAAAUUUCUGAACACCAAGAUUCUGAGGCAUCGCCGUCCUCAACUUUACGUCGAACUAGCGAAUCUGAACCGGUUCUGGGUAUAUCCGAUGAUGAGAAUAGUAAAAAUAAAGGAAAUGUAGUUGGUAAUAUACCAGAAAUACAUUGCAGUUCGCUAGAAAACAUGAAGUGUGCGGAUGUUGAGCCAGAAAGAAAGAUAUCGGAGUCAUGUCCUCCAACUCCAAUAGCAAUAAGAAGCGACAACCUUCUGAAAUUACCGGGCGACAUCGGUUACUUUGGCUCAGUUUCGUCUGCGCUCUCUGCCGAAAGCUCAGAGAUCUAUUCCUCUUCCGAUGAAGAUGAUGAAAGCUUUGGUAUGAAGAGCGAUGUUGAGCCGACAUUGGAAACAACAAGUUCUGUUGUGCAAUCUGUUCUCAGCCAUGACGUAGAUCUUAAUUUUGUCGCUCAAAUGGAAAGAAAACUCACUGAUCUCGAGUUAUCGAAACUAGAAGCUGUCAAGAAUAAGAAUAAAGGGGAUAACUUAAUAGAACCUGAUAAAAACGACUUAAACAAAUUGAUUGAACCGCAAGGAACCGAGAUAGAAUUACAAAAAGAAAGUCCCAAUAAAAUCGAGCCCGAAAUCGUCGAAGCUACAACAUCUCUAACAAAGGAUCACAAGUGUGUAACAAAAUCAAAUUCGCACUCUAUAAAAAUCCAUAAUCCCUUUGCACACAAAAAAGCUUCAAAGAGUAUUAGCGCCCCUUCAUCCCCCAUAGAGAAGAAAGGCUUCAUGUACCGAUCCUCGAAACGAAUCAAGCGACAAAUUUCGAAGAUUUCCAAAAGUAGCAUGAUUAAAAGCUUAUCACAUUAUUCUUUGCUACCAAAAAAGAAACAAGUCGACCCUAAAACUGCCCUUAGUCAGCCUGCUUCCGCUUCUGAUGUUGUGUCUAAAGCUGCUAGUGAAACGGUAUUAGGUUCCCCAUUUCUUUCUUAUACAGACUUGAUGAGUCUUGACAAGGACGGUUUUAACUCUUUCAACCGUCUUCAUAAAAGUGAUGAGAUUAUAUCUCCUAAUAAAGUAUCUAUGUAUAUAGGGUCUGAACCAGUUUCGAGGGCCUCCUUAAGCGGUCCGUCUAGUAUGAAAGAUGAACAUCAUUUCCACGAACAGAAGUCAUUCAAAAAAGAGAAAUCACGUCUUAAGCCGACAGGCUUACUUCAUACGGCAAUAGAAACAAUAUUAAUAGAUAAAGUAGAUACAUUAUUAUUACGGACAAGCCCUGAUCCAAAUAAUCAGGAUCAGAAAUUUUUUGCGGAUGUAAAUAAGAAAUUAGAAAAAGUUGAAGAAUCUCAAAUGAAAGACCACACUAAAGAAGUAAAAGAAUUAAAAGAAAACGAAUCGAAACAUCGAAAGUUAGUUAGACAAGAUAGUAUACACUCGACAACUGAUUCGCUAUCGUCUAAAAUGUCCAAGGAAACAGAGACUAACGUCAUUCCAUGUAAAUCAACUCACACGCCAGUACUUCAGCAUUUCCAUCCCAUACUUAGCGGCGCACCCCUAGAGUCCAUACCAUCUCUACCGGAGGGCAGUGUAGAUAGAGCGGAGAGCUUAGACGUAGAGGGUGUCGUACCUACUAACAGUGUUAGCGUGUGUUGUAACUCGCAUGCAGCGUGCGGUGUUGACAGGACUGAGCGGGAUAAGUGCGAUAAAGACAAGGAUAAGGAUAAAGGUUCGCCCAGACACGCGCGCCACGAAUCGUACGGGGGGCGGGAGCCGGUUGCGACGACCGUGCAAAAUGUGUCGUUGAACUCAUCAUCGACGCCGAUGGGUAUACAUCGAAGAUCUUCGGAUUCCGAUCUCAGUGUAACACCGAAAGGUAGUUCAUUAAACGCAUCAGUUGGUAACGCGGGAAGCGGCGGUGGGGCAAUACUCCGGCCGUCUAUGAACAGUAACAAUCUGGAAAUGCUGGAGUACCCUUUCCUUACAAUGACUGAAUUCCCACCAGGUUUUAUUGUUCAUAUUGGCGGCACGGUGUGCGCGCGCUCCGUGAAGCUCGUGGACGGCGGCGGAGAGAGCGCGGCGCGGGCGGCGUGGUGGGCGGAGCUGCGCACCGAGCUGCGGGCGCACGCGCGCGCGCUGCGCUGCACCGCCGUGCUGGCCUACACCGAGCGCGCGGCCGUGAGAGAAGACGUAUGUGUUUUAUCCGCUUCUGGUACCGCCGCAGUUAUCAAUCUGGACUGCGAUUUCACACUCGAUGAACCUUCUUUGUUGAGCACCGGUUCCAAGAACACGCUGGAGGAGGUCGACGACCCUUGCUCCAUAGCGCACGUGCCGUACUCGCCGGGCGCGGGCGCCUACUGCGCCGAGCUCGCCGCGUGCGGGUGUUGCAGGAGAGGAAAAGUGCCAUCAGUACUCUUAGCCACAUGUCUAAAACCCAGCAGAUUGGCAUCAUACCCAAAAGCAAUAACAAUAACUGCUGUAGCCGCUAGAGGUCGACGCGCGGUAGGCGCUGAAGCUGGAGCAAGAGAUCUGUCUGACCAGUUGCCCUUCUUGGAGUACGAACUGCACAAGUUAUUGCUGGCCAAAUUGAGGAUGCAGGGUGCGAACGCUAUCUUCUCGCUACAAACACAGAUAGCUAUUGGAGAGCGAAGCGUGCUAGCUCUUGCUAGUGGAACGGCGCUUCGUCUCGUCGCCUUACCACCACCCUCGCCGCCUACUAUUAAGGCAUCAGAAAAUGAUAAAAACGCUUUAGAAAUACAAAAAGCUCUCUGGGAGACGUUUACAGCAAACAAGACUGCAAAUGGCUAUGACGUUGAGUGUAGCAGUCGAACACCGUAUAUAACUAUAUGUGUGUGUGUCGCAGAGUGCCCCGAGGUGCGCGUGCGCGCGGAGGCGGAGCGCGAGUCGCCGCCCGCGCUGGAGCUGUGCGCCGACAAGGACGCCUGCGUGCUGGAGCUGGACGAGGCCGAGGACGUGGAGACGGCUCGCGCGCUGUGUGCUCGGCGCGCCCACAUGGCGGUGCUGACGCACGCGCAGCGCGCCGCGCACGCACCGCCGCACGCCUUCACGCAGGUGUGGCGCGCGCGCCUGGGCUCGGGCGGCGCGAGCGCGGAGCGGCUCGUGUCCAGCGCGCUGGGCGGCGCGGCGUACAAGCUGCGACGCCUGCAGCCCGCCGCGCUGGCGCCGCCCUCCUUCCAGCUCGACGCGCCCGAGGAUGAAAUCCAACUAGUUGUAUCGGGAACAGCCAUUCCUCUUGUCGAUCCGUCUAAAGUCGAACACACGAACAGCUCAGAUAAAUAUAAAGCAGUAGAAGGGGAUGACGACAUAUUCGCACUAGACGAGGAACAAUUAGUGAAGACACAGCCUGAAGCCUCUGAAGAUAGAAGUGGUGGAUCGUUCAGUCGUGCCGGACCUUCAUCGGGUGGAGCGAGUGGCUCGGCCGGGGCACCCCAAGUGUCGCUGUCCACGCUGGGGGGCGUGCACGGGGCGCGGGUGUCGCGGCGCGUGUGCGCGCUCCGACUGCUGUUUGUGCGCGAAACCACCGCCGUGCGAGAGCUGGGCGGACUGAGUGGCUUUCUGCACACCUUCACCUGCGAGGUGCUGGCCAUAGCGCGUGCUUAUGCGGCGGCGCUGGGCGGCAACGCGCUCACGUCGCUGUACCUGGCGCACCUGCUGCUGCACCACAACGCGCACAAGAACCAGGGUCAAUGUCUCCUAUCGGUUGGCGGUGACGUGGUGCACAUAACAUAUUAAAUAAGCCUUUUACAUAUGACAAGCGGACCCAAAAGACUUUGUCUUGCCUGAAAAGCCCUUAGAAGAAUUUUAGAAGCUGAUUACAGCGCCAUGUUCUCUAUCGAAAAGUGAAACUUAAUGCAAUAAGAAACUAAAACCUAACCUUGAGUUAAGUAAGAUAGAUAAACCAAAUUUUAAAAUCGACGCAACCAUCAAAGAGGUGACCUAGGUAUAGAAUAAUUUUAGGCAAAAUGAAAGUGAUACCACAUUUGACGAUAAAUGUUCACUUUUAAACAAUUGAAACUGUAAACUACUGCCCUUAUAGUUUUAUAUUACAAAAAAAAGUUUUUUCCUUUCUGAUUAGAUAAGUACUUAAUACAAAAAAAAGUUUACAUAAUAGUUGUAAUUUCAGUGAAACAUCUAAAAAGAUUGACUAUAAAUUUUUCAUUUCCUAAUUAGUUUAAGUUCUGUUAAUAACUAUUUGAGAAUCGAUUCGGUAAUAAAGUGAUAAUAAAAAAAAAGAAUACAUUUAAAAUGACAAAGGAUUAUUGUAAGUUUAAAUUAAUACGUACUUGAAUUAUAUUAAAUUAAUCUGUUUAAAUCUUGCCAUGUUCGUUUGUAAUAAGUUCAUUGUAAGAAAAAAAUUGACAAGGUACAAUAGAAUAACACUAUAUUUUGUUUUCUUUUAUGUAUUUUCAAAUAAUAUUGAAUCAUUGAUUUUAUAGUUUGAUAAUAAUUGACAAAUGUGAGCAUUAUGACAAUAUACAUGAUAUUAAUGUA